UAUGAAAUUAGUCAGAUUUCUAAUGAAGCUCAAGAAUGAGCAAGUCAUUGUUGAAUUAAAAAAUGGGACCGUUGUUUUAGGAACAAUUACAGGAGUAGAUGUUAGAAUGAAUACACAUUUAAGCAAAGUGAAAUUAACAUUGAAAGGAAAGAAUCCAGUAGGAUUAGAUUAAUUGACAAUUAGAGGUUUGCUGACUAUCAUUACAUAGGAAAUAAUAUCAGAUACUUCCAUUUAUCUGAAAAUUUAUAAAUUGACAAUCUAUUGGUUGAUGAAUCCAUUUCAAAAUCAAAGAAAGUGAAAGCAGGAAUGGAGAAAAAUGAUCCAAAUUUUAAAAGAAAGAAGAAGAAUAAGGUCACUCGUUUACCAAGAAGAUGAU